AUGGCCAGAGCAUAUCCAACUAUUAAGUACGUUGCAUGGUGUGGAUCCGUCAGAAGCGUACGAUUCGUGAAGCAGCUCGCUUUGACAAUGGAGCAGUCAAGAGCUAUGUGGGCCCCUAGCGCAAGUACACGCAAGGAGGGUUGGAGGAGAAGGUCCGCAGCGUAUCAGCAGGUUGAAAGGAAACGGGAACAGGAAUCUAGGGGCUUCGAGGAUUCAGGACGCUCUGUAGGGAAGGCAGGCCCCAGAGAGGAAAACAACGAAGUGGGUUUACGCCGUCUCAAACAGAAUGAGCACGGUGGAGCCAGCGAGCCCAGUGCUUCCAGAGGGGAACACAGAGGGAAUCAUGGAUACAACGAUCCUAGAAGGUGUUACAACUGUCAAAAAAUAGGACACAUCGGAAAGGAUUGUCCGCUGAAGAGGCCGCAAGUGAACAAAAUAGCGAAUAAGCCUUCGAGGAAGCCCGCGCUACCCCUUGAGACAGUUGGAAAAAAGGAAGCAGAUAAAGAACACCGGAGUAUAUCUUCAAUAAUCACUGAUGCGCGGAGUUUAGGGGUAAGGUGUGAGCUGGCUGGAAAGGAGGAAACCUUAUUGGUAGGAAGAACGGUGUCAGUUAAGGCCAAACUGUUGGAUAUGAGUGUUCCUGCCAUUCUGGACACGGGUUCCAUGAUCAGCAUAAUGCCAGUGGGUGUGCUGGCACGAGCGAAAAAGUCAGGCUUUGAUGUCGAUAGUUUAGAGAUGGUGCCCAGGGAAUCCAUGGUGCCGGUAUGUGAUGCUUCCGGUAACAGCAUGGCCUUUUUGGGUGCUGUCAAGGUAAACAUAGAGUUGGAAGGAGGCGAUAGCGGAGAAGUGGCCUUCCACAUAUCAGAUAUGAAGGAGGGAGAGUUGCUCCUCGGAACAAACGCUCUAGAAAAAUUAGGCGUGCGUGUAAUGCUGACACCAAAAGAGGCAAAUAGAUGGAGUAAGGGCUCGGAAAGGGUAGUCGUAGCAAGGCGGAUAUAUAUACCCCCAUAUGGAAAAGCGCUAGUUUCAGCGCGUUGCGAAGGAUACACCGAAGAAGAGGAAGGCGUCUUGUGGCCAUGUAAGAAUGGUAUUGCUGCUGGUGUAUUCAGAACAAGGAACCAAGAAUUGAAAGUCCCCCUGAUAAACGACAGCGAAGACCCCAUGAUCUUGAAGGAAGGGGAGGAAAUCGGUCAUUGGGGACGGAGAAAUGGAGAGAAGGAGUAG